AUGCUAUAUUGUGGAGAGACAAUUACCAAGGAGAGUGAUGAGACAGUUUGGGCGAAGGCAGAGUAUGCUGAGGGGUUUGGGGGAGUAUGCAUAGGUAGUGUGGGAGAGAUUUCAUUGGGGGGCAGUUUUGCCCUAUUAUCAGGCCCUUGCGGAGUUCUGAGCAUUACAGAUCCUGCAAAGCCCAUACCAGAAUUUGAGGAUAAUAGAACACCACGACAGAGGAGGAGGAGAUUAGGCAGGGGUGUCAGUGGAGGAUUUGGAGGAGGAGGAGGUGGGGGAGGUUUUGGAGGAGGAGGAGUAGGUGGAGGUUGUGGGGGAGGAGACGCAAGAGCAGGAGGGAGAGAUGUUGGUGGUGGAGAGGGUGGUGAUGAGACGAUGGAGAUGGGACAGGGAGCCGUAGGUAGUGGAGAGGAGCUGAUGGAGAUGGGACAAGGAGUUGUAGGUGGUGGGGAGGGAAACCUGUGA